AUGGAUUGGCUACCUGAGCGUCCACCUAACAUCAUAAAGAGACAACGGGAGACAUCUGGGAAGUCCAAGAAGGCAAAGAAGGCAAAAUUGGGAGAAACUUCUUGGUCAAGACCUCCAGUCCCUCUGACUGAUUCUCCAAGUAAGUCUCUGCCUCCUUCUCGCUCUAUAAACUUAAAGAAAAUUGCUUUUUCUCUUCCCCAAACCACUCCUAUCUACACCCAAUCUGAAACCCCACCCUCUACCACUAAACCCUCUAAUCCACCAUCUCAAAAAUUCAAUCUCUCCACCACUACCUUACCCGUUUCUAUAGCAGAAAUGCUGAACGAACCCACCUCACCCACAUCUUCUACACCUUCAUCUCCACCUUACUAUGUUCUCCCAUCUGACUCAGAACCUUCUGACCCUCAAUCCCCUAGACUAGCCCAACUUCAAGCACAUACUCUUGCCUCACAGCAACAACCACAACCUGAACCAGAAGCCACCACUCCACCACCUGAACAACAAACUCCACCACCAUCUCAACAACCUCAAACACCUCCUGAUCAACCAGAAAAUCCACCAUAUGAACAACCACAAACACCACCCUCUGAACAACCUCAAACACCUCCCUCUAAACAACAGCCAAGUCCACCACCUGAACAAACAAUACCACCACUGAUACCCCCACCAUACCACCCUUUGAGGACCUUAUCAUCCCUACCUCUCAAACUCCCGCUGACACCACCCAAACACCUCCAACAUCCCCAUCCCCCAACCAAGAACCAGAACCUGCCUUCCCCACCUUAG